GUUGGAAUGAAGACUGGCUGUACCCAAUCUCAUGUUCUGGAUCCUGGAAUUUGAGCAAACUGGAGAAAUUCCAGGAUGGUGUCCUGCAAGGCCAUGGCCAUUCUGCUAGUGGUGCACACAGCCACCAUGCUGGCUUCUCAAACGGAAGCCUUUGUUCCCAUCUUCACCUACAGCGAACUCCAGAAAAUGCAGGAAAGGGAACGGAGCAAAGGGCAAAAGAAAUCCCUGAACCUCCAGCAAAGGUCUGAGGAAGAAGAGGCCAGUGAGGAAGAAGAAAACUUCACAAUCCAGCUGACUGCUCCUGUGGAAAUUGGAAUGAGGAUGAACUCCAGGCAGCUGGAAAAGUACCGAACGGCCCUGGAAGGGCUGUGGAGGGAGGCGCUGCCGCCCACCCAGCCCAGGGAGUGAAGAAGGCUCCAGAGAUAAGGUGGACUCUCCCUGGGAACCCUGCCCACCUGAGCCUGGCCUUCCAGACCCCUGUAA